GUUCGGUCGCUCGGGGAGGAGAAGCCGACUCGAGACAUUCAGGCGCGCUCGGCCGCCACGGUCUCGAUCGUUCCCCAUUCAUCUCGGCCGUGCGAAUCUUCGCAGCCAAUGAUAAUAAAGUGGCGCGAUAAGCAACAAAAAGAGAAGGAUCGAGUUCCUCGCAGCGCUUAGGGCGCGAACUCCGAUUAACUUAAUCGGCGAUUAAUCCACCGAUAGAAUUAAUAGGACGGAACGGUUGAAAGAAAAUUUUCAACUAUGCAGUCGCUUUGCCUCUCUAAUUCAAUCCUUUUCUUCUUUUUCCAUAUACGUGAAGUGAUAAAAAGUUAAUAAUGUUCUAUCCACUUGUCCUACUUAACGGAAUGACAGAUCGACGGAAUUGGAGUCAAUCUUAACAGCUACAGAAGCGUGACGCAUCACGUCGGGCAUGACGAUGGAAAACGAUGACGAAAAGGCAGACGAAAUAGAAAUGCGAGAAAUUCAAUUUGUCACCGGGAGCAGCUACGAAGGAACGUGGAAUGCGAUUGAAAAGACAGGCAUCGGCAGAUACGUCACGCCUUACAAAGUCGUGUUAGAGGGAGAAUUCCGGAACGGCAUGCUUCAUGGUCGUGGAAGUAUGUAUUGGCCACGUGGACAAAGAAUGGAUGCUGUUUGGUAUCGCGGAAAAAUGAAGCAAAGGCGCUAUACGUUCGCAGACGGUUUAUCGUAUCGAGAAAACGAUUGGGAUUAUUGCGCAUAUCCCGAUAGGCGAUUUUAUAACUGCGUGGUGAAUGGACUGAAACCAGCCGGAGAAGUACUGAAAACCAAUGUCCAGCCCACUAAGAUUAUUCCUCCGUACUGCUACGACACCGGUGCUGGAAUGUUCGAUCCACAUAGUAAUUGCGUAAUGUCGUAUCGCAAAUGCAUAAAAGUGAUCAAGAUUCCAACGGCGACAGAAAGUGCGUGGAUAGAAAACAAUUGCCGAAAAGGCUGGUCAGAGCCAACUGGCCAUCAAGAAUGGUUGCAUGAAUAUUGGCAAUCGGGAACGGCGGAUUUUGCAACGUUAUCACAUGUCUCAGAAGAUGAAGAAGAAGAAGAAGCUGGAAUUUGGUGGCAAAGACUGACAAAAUUUGCCAGACACUCACCCGCUGACAUGAUGAAUAAAAAUUAACACAAUUGUACUUAAUGCAAAUCAAAAAGUUGUAAAAAAAAUAUAGA